UGUUUGGAGCCGUGAACCUCGAGUGUUGAUUUUUGCUGGUACCAACAGCAGCAGCAACCCGUGCCCCGCACACCCUCUACGCAGUGCAAGUGACCGUUGAAAGUGCAACGCUCGCGCCGCAACAAAGGCUCCAAUUCAGUCGUUUAGUGACGCCCAAGACGACAACAACGACAAAGACAACGACGCAUGAAAGGAGGUGGUCCAGGAGCGGCUCGAGACAAAGCGCCCACUCAUGCAUUGUGCAUCGCGAAUCCAAUUCAGCGUUACGUGCCACUCGACUGACAGUUGCUGAAUAGAGUCACGCUUUGUUUUUUGCCUCGCCAAAUACCGUAAGGUUUCAGUUACGCUCAUACAAGCGAGACUAAUCCAGACCACAUCUGUUCAUAAUGGCUGAGAGCAGGGAGCUGGUGAAUAAAUAUGGCGAGCGCUUACCUUACGAUCGCAAUUUUCGGGGGCCAUUUAAUCGAAAUCGCAGCUGCACUGAUUUGGGUUGCCUCUUCAUAUUCGUGUUGUUCCUCGGUGGCUGGGCUUAUGUGUCACUCUAUGCCUACCGCCAUGGUGAUCUCAACAGUCUAAUGGUGCCAACAGACAUGUUUAAUCAGAAGUGCGGCAUUGAUUCGGGCGUACUUUCCAAGAAUAAUCUGUUCUUCUUCGAUUUGGAAAAGUGUAUUGAUCCGCUUGUGCCUCUAACUGGGUGUGAUACGCCACAGGUCUGUAUAGAGUCGUGUCCCAUAGAAGAUUUCGAUUGGAAUACAAUGCGUUAUAAAUACAGCCUGGAGGAUUUAAGAAAUCGCAUGAUCUGCCUAAACGACAACAUUAAAAACAGUUUAUGGACAAUUCAAGAUAUGCAAAAUGCUAUAUCAAGGAAUGAAUGCGUCGCCAGAUACACGAAGAGUAGGGCCUUUCUCAAUCGCUGCAUGUUCGACUUCGAGAUCUGUCAGCGAUUCAAACGCUCGCCUCGAGAUUUGCUCGCCCUGACCGGCAGCAAUGCCACUAAGGAGCCAGAGUCCUUGCAGCGUCCCACGGCACUGUCGCUAAGCAUGUCCGAACAGCAGCAACGUGUGGCUCAACUAAGCAAUUUGCCGGUGGAAAAACGUGCUUUGGAGUGCGAAAAGCGUACCCAGAACGGCGCUGUGAUAAAGGAGAAGAUGAUGCAGGCGAAUACUAAGCUGGUCAAAUUUGUGGGAAAUCUCGUGGCACACUUCUAUAAUGGCACUCACGAUGCUCAACGACUGGGUGAAGAGAUUGUGGAGGAUAUUAUUAAUUCUUGGCAAAUUGUAUUGGUCGUGCUCAUUUGCACAUUGGUCACCGCAUUCAUAUACAUAGCAUUAAUGCGUUGGCUGUCGGGACCCAUUGUCUGGUUCUCCAUUUUCGGCGUACUCAUCGGCCUAGUGGUGGGCAUCUACUACAGCAUUAAGAAGUAUUCGUUUUGGAGUCAAACGGCUACAACACCCCAUCACAGUCUUAAUUUGCAGUCGACGCUUCUAAACAUACUACAGGAUAGGAGGACCUGGCUAUAUUUGUCCAUCUUUCUGUGUGCGUGCUUUGUGAUAAUUUUGCUGUUGGUGAUUGUGCUACGCCAGCGUAUUCGUAUUGCUAUCGCAUUGACCAAGGAGGGCAGUAAUGCAGUGUCCAGCGUCACCUCGACCAUGUUCUUUCCCAUAUUUUCCUGGCUGCUCUAUAUUGCAGCCAUAGGGUUUUCCGUCGCUGUAGGACUUUAUUUGGCCUCUAUUGGCAAACCCAAAUUUCUAAUGGUGCGUCGUGUGAUCGAUCAGAAUGUGGUAACCAAUGAGAAUUGCAUAUGCGAGGGUCCAGCUGUGAACUAUUCAGUGGGCACAGCUUGUGAGCCGUCCACAUUCCAGGAGUAUUGCUACAUUCCCAGUCCACAAGCGUUACGCUCGCGAGCGAGGUGCAUGGAUACCACAUGUAGCUUCGUGACUAUAGAGAAUCCGCCGUUCGUGCAAUGGUCAAUUGUUUACAAUAUCUUUGGGUUCUUCUGGAUGAGUUUCUUCAUUUCAGCCUUCUUCGACAUGGUGCUAGCAGCCACUUUUGCCAACUGGUAUUGGACAUUUAAGAAACGAGAUGUGCCGUACUUUACGUUGACGCGCGCCCUCUUUCAAACAAUCUUCUAUCAUUUGGGGACGUUGGCCUUUGGAUCCCUCAUAUUAACCAUUUGCCGCAUGAUUCGCUUAAUUUUGGAGUACAUCCAUAAGAAGCUAAAAAAGUUUGAUAAUCCGGUGACACGAGCCAUUUUGUGUUGCAUGCGUUGCUUCUUCUGGCUGCUCGAGAACUUCCUGAAGUUCCUCAAUCGAAAUGCGUACAUUAUGUGCGCCAUACAUGGCACGAACUUCUGCACGUCUGCCAAAGACUCAUUCAAUUUGAUUAUGCGCAAUUUCCUUCGUGUGAUCACACUGGACCAGGUGACAGACUUUCUGUUCUUCCUGUCCAAGGUGCUGUUGACGGCAGGUGCUGGUGCAGCCACCUAUUAUUUUGUCGGCAAUAAUCCGGCCAUAAUACAGGUCCACUACAAGGCAGUGCCCACAACAGUAGUGGUGAUUGCCUCGUAUCUUAUGACGAGCGUUUUCUUCGGCGUAUAUUCCAUGGCUGUGGACACGCUGUUCCUGUGCUUCCUCGAGGACUGCGAACGCAAUGACGGCACGCCCGAAAAACCCUACUUCAUGUCCACUCAACUUAGAAAGAUUCUGGGGAAGAAGAACAAACUGCUGCCACGCGAGCGUCGUAGCCAGUAGAGUUCCAUUUGCAGGACCACAGCAAAGCUAUCCAUUGUAAACGAGAGUGCAAAUUGUAGCGUAGGAAUGAGGGACGCUCUAAAGGGAAGGUAUAGAUACAUAGGUUAUACAUACAUAUACGAACACUAAUAUAUAACAUAAGUUUACAUUUGCAUAAGUACACACAUACAUAUAUAUGUUCAGUUCCACCAUCUCGGGGUUGUGCUGCAUUGAAGAAAGACAGAAAAGAGUAGCUAUACAUAACAUAGAAAAGAAUCUAAACAAUUUGCCAACGCUCCAA